CAAUAUUUGCCUCAGUUGACAAGUAAAUCCUCCAACUUUGAAUAUGCACAUCUGGACGUACAUCUUAACUUGUCUUCACUGUUUCAGUUGAACACUCCAACUUACAAAAUAAUUUAUAUAUAUAUAUAUAUCCAAAUUUUGCCUCAGUUGGGAAGUAAAAACUCCAACUUUGAAUAUGCACAUUUAGACGUAUACCUUAGCUUAUUUUCAUGAUUUCAGUUAAACACUUCAACUUACAACGUAAUACAUAUAUAGAUAUUCAAACUUGGCUUAACUGACAAGUAAAUACUCCAACUUUAAAUAUGUACAUCAAGACGUACAUCCUAAUUUAUAUCUAGGAUGUCAGUUGAACACUCCAACUUACCAUUAAUACACAUAUAGUCAUUCAAAGCCUUUUCUUGUUUGAUUAACAGGUAAAAAUCAUGGAGGUUUGCAAGGGUCAAGGCUUUGUGUAUGGGAUUGUAUCAGAGAAGGGGAAGUUGGUGAGUGGCUGUUCAGAUAGUUUACAACAAUGGUGGAUGGAGAAAGUAAGAUUUGACCAAAAUGCCCCUAUUGCCAUUGCUAAAUCCUUGCCCAAAUUAGUAGAGGAGGAGAACAUGUUGGAUCCUAAUGCCUCAUUUAUGUGUCUUCUUGAAGAAUUGCAAGACACUACUUUAAGCUCAAUACUUUCAGCUCUAAUGCAACAUUGUAUCCCUCCACAAAGGAGGUUCCCUUUGGAUAGAGGUUUAGCCCCACCUUGGUGGCCAACAGGGAAUGAACUUUGGUGGGGUGAUCAAGGGCUGUCCCAAGAACAAGGUCCACCACCUUAUAGGAAGCCCCAUGGUUUGAAGAAGGCAUGGAAAGUAAGUGUUUUAGCUGCAAUUAUCAAACACAUGUGUCCUAAUUUAGGGAGGAUGAGGAGAUUGGUGAAUCAAUCCAAGAACUUACAAAACAAGAUGACAGCCAAAGAAACAUCAACUUGGUCUAAAGUUGUUAACCAAGAAGAAGCCCUUCUCAAGUUGACUAGGUCUCUCAAGAUUUCAACAUCCAAAGUAGAAGUAAACAAGGAUAAAGAAGAUCAAUUAGAUUUUACUUUUGUUCCUAAAAUGUUGACAAAAGAUGACAAGGGGAAGUCCAUUAUCUUUGAUGAUGACGUUAGUAUGGAGGACGUAGUGUAUGCAUCCCAAAACAUGAAUUGUCCACAAAGUGUAUUAGGCUUGGGAUUUGUGGACAAGAAUUUAAGAAUUGAACAUGAGUCAAGUUGCUCUUAUGGUAAAGUUGAAAGUGAUAUCAAAAUAACCAAGAAAGUGCCUAUGACAACUUCUCUAGCUUGAUUGGAGAAACAAAAAAGCCACAAGAAGAAAUGGAAAAUCACUAUCCAACAAGACAUCAUGCACAAAUAUUAAAGAGUUGAAUUAUGUAAUGCAACAACUAAUAAGAACUUGAAAUACUCAUCAAAUGAAACUUCAUCACAAGAUGUUCUAAAUCAUGAAGUUGCAAAUUUCUCUAUGGGAUUUGAAUUGUUGAUGAGAGAGAUCAUGUCAUCUAAUUUCAUCGCGUUUCUUUGGUUAAUUAUCAAUCUAUAUUUCUUUUUCGAUAAAUAAAGCUAUGAACAUAAAUAAAAAAAUAAUGUGAGAUAUUUUUCGUUUUUUUUCCUUGUUCAUGCUAUUUUUCUUUUUAUUUUACAUAAUUACUAAUUAGCUCGUCUAGUCUAAAUGUCGAAGCAUAAGAAUUCCUCUUCUUGCAAGAUAUGUGUAUGAUCUAUCCUUGGGGAUAAAAUAAAAAUGAAAAGACUUCACUUUUCUUACAUAAAAAAUAUAACAUUUUAUAAAAUCUAAUAAAGAGUAUAUACAUGAGAUUUAAGCUGCUCUUAGAUAAAUACAUAUAUACUUUUUUCUUUUUUUUUUCUUUUUUUGCUUUCUCUAACCUUUUUUGUUAUAUUAUUUAUAUACAACAAAGGCAUAUACCUAUGUAUGUACUAGCUAGACAAUUCUCAAUAGUUUAGAGAUGAUUUUACAUAUGAGGAGAAUGUUAAAAGGGAUAAUUUAGAUACUAAACUUAGUUGCUUAAAAGUUAAGCAAUAUUAUUAAUGAUCACUUCAUCCAAUGUCCAUAAGUUUGCAAAAAUGAUGACCUCUUAACAAAAACAAAAUGAGUACUAUAGGCCCCCUCUAUUAAUUUAUACUAAGAUUUAGGCCUCGUUUGUUUUCAUUAAAAUUAAGAGGUCUGAAUCUGAAUACAUAUUUGAAUAUUAAGAUUUGUAUUAAGAUCUGGGUAUUUUGAUCUGAAUACACAUAUGGAUAUUAAGAUGUGGUCUCUAAUUCUGAACACGGUUUUUGAAUGAGAAAAUAAUAUGCCGAAUCAUGACUAUUAAAACUUUUAAAACUUUUUUUUUAAUGAAAAAUAGUACUCCAAAUCAAUAAAUAAUUAAUGUUGUUAAAGUUUUAAUAAUCAUGAUUUGAAGUACUAUUUUUUCAUUCAAAAACCUUGAUAAAUAACAAUACACCAAAAAUAUUAUUAUUAUGAGACAAAAAGGCAUGCCCAAAACAGAAAAACUAUGAUUUAUUAUUUUUAUUAUUUAAUAACUUAUUAAAUGAGUUUGAAUGUCGUUA